AUGCAAGAUGGCAGACCACCACUGAAGGAUGGCAGACCACCACUGCAGGAAGGCAGGCCCCUACUGCAGGAUGGCAGACCACCACCGCUGGAUGGCAGAACACCACUGCAAGAGGGCAGACCACCUCUGCAGGAUGGCAGACAACCACUGCAGGAUGGUAGACCACUACUGCAGGAUUGCGGACCACCACAGCAAGAGGACAGACCACCACUGCAGGCUGGCAAGCCACAACUGCAGGAAGGCAGACCACCACUGCAGGAAGGCAGGCCUCACCUGCAAGAUGGCAGGACAACUCUGCAGGAUGGCUGGCCACCACGGCAGGAAGGCAGACCGCCACUGCAGGGUGGCAGGCCAGUACUGCAGGAUGGCAGAACACCACUGCACGAUGGCAGACCACCACUGCAGGAUGGCAGGCCACCACUGCAGGGUAGCAGACCAACACUGCAGGAAGGCAGGCCACCACUGCAGGAUGGCAGGCCACCACUGCACGAUAACAGACCACUACUUCAAGAGGGCAGACCGCCACUGCAGGGUGGCUGA